GAGCAUGAUCUUGAUGGGGAAGUGGUUAUGAGGGCGGGAGGAGGCAAGAAACAUGGCCGGUUCUGGAUUGGCGACGGCACACUCGAUACGGCCACCACUCCCUCUCUCUCUCAGCUUAGAGCUCAGAGCACGAGCUCAGGUCCGGGUAUACGUCCUCACCCAGAGCCUACACGGAUUGCGAUGAACGAAAUCCAGGCCCAGCUGGAUGAAGAAAGGAGGCUCCGGCACGAAUUAGAGAGAUCGUUCGAGGAGAGGAUGGCGGCAGAACGAUCCCAGUGGUAUGCGAUGAUGACGCCCCUUUAUGCUGCAAUGGGCCAAACUCCGCCACCGAUGCCAACCCCUUCUCGUCCACUUGCUCCACAGGCUCCACACACUCCUUAUCCAUCAGAGGGAUCGAAUACGCCUGGAGCUGGAGGUUCGCACAUUGGUACUCCACCUCACUUUGGUUAAGGUGGUAAUCAAGUGUGGAGUCUGUUACGGCCUGCAACAUUUUCUUUUUGUUUGGACUAUAUUUUGCUAUCUUGUCGUGACAAUUUGUGAUGUUUGUGUCACUUGCGAUGUUUAUGCGAC